AUGUCUGGUUCGAACUCAAGUCCGUUUUCUCUCGACAACAUCCCCUUUGGGGUUAUUUCGACAGCCGAUAACCCCGCCCCAAGAUGUGCAACCGCACUUGACCACGAGGCGAUUGAUCUUUGCGCAUUGGAAAGCGAUGGGUUUUUUGACUCCAUUCAAGGAUUUGGCAAAGCGUCAAUUUUCUCCAAGCCUUAUUUAAAUGAUUUUGCGUCCCUUCACAUAGAGAUUCGUCGAGAAGCACGUCAACACCUACGCGAUGGCCUGUUACAGCUCCGAGAAGAUAAAUCCAAGGCCAAUCGAUACUUCAUUCCGCUGGAUCUUAUUCGAAACCACUAUCCCAUGCAAACCGCCAAUUUCUCGGAUUUCUAUUGUUCGCUAGAGCAUGCUCAAAAUUGCUCUGCAAUUUUCAGUCUUUCCGAGUCCCCCAAUUGGCGUGUCAUUCCGAGCGUUUAUAAUGGUCGCACAUCCAGCUUGACUGUGGAAAGUACUUUGACCCGCCCCCAUGGUGUUUUCAAGGCCGAGACCGGAGAAUACUCAUUCAUGCCGACCAAAAAACUGGAUAUGGAACUCGAGAUGGGAGUUUUCAUCUCCAAGUCCCUGAAGCCUGGCAAGAUCCUCAAUAUCAAGGAUGCCAAAGAACAUAUUUUUGGAUUCGUGAUUCUCAAUGAUUGGUCGGCGCGCGAUAUUCAAGGAUUUGAAAUGGCUCCUCUUGGUCCAUUCCACAGCAAGGGCUUCGGGACCUCUAUAUCUCCAUGGAUCGUUACUAUGGAUGCUCUUGACUCUGUAAAGAGCUCGGUUAUGGUUCAACAGGAUCAUGCUCCAUUGCCCCAUUUAACAUGGAAAGGGGAUGUCCAAGAUGCGACUUUUGACAUCAAUCUCUCCGCCGGUGUGAUUCGAAAUGGGAAGUCAUAUGAGCUUACGGACACCAACCUCAAUGAGCUUUAUUGGACUCCGUAUCAACAGCUUACCCACCUUGCAAGUGCAGGCGAAGGCCUGACCACGGGUGAUAUCUUCGGAACAGGGACCAUUUCCAGUGCCCGUACCAAUCAAAAGGGAGAAAAGACUGGUCUGGCAUGCCUGGUCGAGCGCUCACUUCCGCAUACUGGCCUAUCAGCUUUGAAUAAUGACGGCUUCGUGUGGUUCGAAGAUGGCGAUGAGAUUAUUAUGGAAGGAUGGUGUAUCAACAAGGCAACCGGGGCUAAGUUUGGAUUUGGGCAAUGCCGGUCAACCAUUACCCCAGCCGUUCGACUGGAUCUCUAA